CAAGAUUUGCCCUAAUUCUUCAAGUAGUGUUUGUUGUUCUGUUUAUCUAAUUGAUAGAAAGAGGAGAGAUGACAGAAGCGUACGGAGAAGCAUGGUAUUGGGAUAAGCGAUACGCGAAGGAGUCAACGGCUUCUUCUUCAUUCGAUUGGUAUCAAAAGUAUGAAUCCUUGGCUCCCCUUCUUCAUCUCUACGUACCCCCCACCACCCGAAUCCGAAUCCUUGUCGUUGGCGCUGGAAAUUCUGCAUUUAGUGAAGGAAUGAGCAAGGAUGGUUAUGGCGACAUCGUCAACAUUGAUAUAUCAUCCGUUGUUAUUGAACGAAUGCGAAAGAAAUACUCUGAUUCCCCCCAUCUCAAAUAUAUUGAAAUGGAUGUUAGAGACAUGAAAGCUUUUGAAGCCGGUUCUUUUGAUGCAGUCAUCGAUAAAGGAACCUUGGACUCUCUUUUGUGUGGUCACAAUUCAAAACUAAAUGCUGGCAAGAUGCUUGAGGAGGUUGAAAGGGUGCUGAAGAAGGAAGGAGUGUAUAUACUGAUAACAUAUGGCAUUCCAGCUUAUCGGUUAUGUUUGUUAAGAUCACACUCUUGGGCCAUUAAACUUCACGUGAUAGAUAAAGUUCACCCGGGUGAAAGUUCAAAAGCCGAGAGUUGGGAGCUGACCCGUCCUGUUCCGCUCAAUAGUGACGGAAGCUUGAAGGACGGGAUUCAUCUAGAGAACAUGGAUGUUCAUUACAUCUAUGUUUGUACUAAGUUAAGUUGUUAACUUCUACCUCAUAUUUUUCUUAAUAAACUUUUAUAUCGAUUUAUUUUUAUCGACCUUUGUAGUAAAGCGAUUAAGGAGCUUGUUAGUAACUAAAUUAGAUUGUUACCCAUAAUAAACUUAAUAUUGUGGACACAAA